CAAAAAAUCUUGUGAUUGAUUAUGAAUCAGGUGUGCUGGAACUAAAUCCACAUAAGAAUCAGAUGUCAGAGGAGAAAUCGUGGAUUUGUGGGGAUGUGCACGUGCAUGAGGAUUCGUACCGAUGGGUAUUGAGGGCACGAGCAUGAGGAACGGACGGGCUCUGUCCGAUCAAUGGGCCGACAGCGUGGUGGUCCGGCCCCGCACGACCGAACAGCACAUCACGGUGCACAAGAGACUCGUGUUGGGCUUCGCCAUCUCCAUCCUCACCCUCAUCAUCGUCACGGCCAUCGCCAUCACACUCAGCGUGAGCUUCGAGAGAUGCGCCGGGGACAGCAGCGGGGAUCAAGCCGCAAACGGCUCCAGUAACAGUAAAGUGAAACAGUCCCGGGACGGGAACAGCAGCAAAUACUCAGAGGACGUCCAGCAGCCCUGGAGACAUGUGCGCUUACCGGCCACCCUGCGCCCUCGCCACUACGACCUCCAACUGUCCGUGCACAUGGAGAACUUCACCUUCUCCGGUGAGGUGAACAUUGAGUUUGAAUGCGUCCGCGCCACUAAGUUGAUCGUGCUGCACACGGACAGGUUGGAGAUGGAGAAAGUGCUGGUGUAUUCCGACAGUAAGAAAGCUGCAGGUGCCAUGAGGAUCCAGCGACGCUUCCACUAUCAGCCCAAGCAGGUGUAUGUGCUCGCGCUGCACAGAGAGAUGAAGCCCCUCAGAACAUACAAGAUCAACAUCACUUUUCAUGCGCCCAUUCAACAUGAACUCUUGGGAUUUUUCCGCAGCUCAUACAUGCUGCAUGGACAGAGAAGGUAUCUUGCUGUGACGCAGUUCUCACCAACUCACGCAAGAAAGGCGUUCCCGUGUUUCGAUGAGCCCAUCUAUAAAGCCACUUUCAGAGUGAGUUUGAGACACGAGAGCUCGUAUCAGUCCCUGUCCAACAUGCCAGUGGAGUCCUCUACGUCUGAAGAGGAUGGGUGGGUGACCAACCAUUUCUCCAGGACGCCCCGCAUGUCCACAUACUACCUGGCCUGGGCCGUGUGCAACUUCACCUACAGAGAAGCAAUCACAGAUAAUGGAGUUGUGAUUCGUCUGUAUGCCAGACCUGAUGCAAUCCAGAGCGGAUCGGGAGACUACGCUCUUCACAUCACCAAGAGACUCCUUCAGUUCUACCAGGAUUACUUCAAAGUCAAAUAUUCCCUCCCCAAAUUAGAUCUGCUGGCCGUGCCGAAGCAUCCCUAUGCAGCCAUGGAGAACUGGGGUCUGAGUGUGUUUGUGGAGCAGAAGAUCUUAUUGGAUCCUGACGUCUCCUCCUCCUCCUAUCAGAUGGAGCUCACCAUGGUUGUGGUGCACGAGAUCUGUCACCAGUGGUUUGGAGAUCUCGUCACUCCAGUUUGGUGGGAGGAUGUUUGGCUGAAGGAGGGAUUUGCUCAUUUCUUUGAGUACAUUGGGACGGAUUUCCUCUUUCCAAAGUGGAACAUGGAGAAUCAGAGGUUUCUCACUGAUGUUCUUCACGAGGUGAUGUUAUUGGAUGGUUUGGCGAGUUCUCAUCCAAUCUCUCAACAAGUGUUUGAAGCCACAGACAUCGACAGAGUGUUUGACUGGAUCGCAUAUAAGAAGGGAGCCGCUCUGAUCCGUAUGCUGGCUAAUGUCAUGGGACAGCCGCUGUUCCAGAGAGGACUCAAUGAUUACUUGAUGACACACAUGUACGGGAAUGCGGCGAGAGACGACUUGUGGAACAAACUGUCUGAGGUCAUGCAGAGGGAGGGGAAGGAUAUCAACAUCACAGUGCUCAUGGACCGCUGGACUCUGCAGAUGGGAUAUCCUGUCGUCACCAUCAACAAGAACGACAGCCUUGACAACAUCGUCUUCAUCUCCCAAGAGCACUUUGUCUAUGACACCGAUGCCAAGAUCCGCCAUCCUGAGCUGUUCAACAAAAGCUUCCAGUGGCAAAUUCCCCUGACGCUCACAGUGGGAAACUCCAGUCACAUAUCAACAGAGACAAUCAUCUGGCUCUCCAAUAAAACAGAGAUUCACAAAAUGAGUCACAUGGAUGGGGAGACAUGGUUGCUGGGUAACAUCAAUCAAACCGGCUACUUCAGAGUGAACUAUGACCUCCACAACUGGCUACUUCUAAUUCAACAACUGAUGACAAACCCGACGAUCAUCUCCGUGGGCAACAGGGCUGGUCUGAUCGAUGAUGUCUUCAAUCUGGCAAGAGCGGGGUAUCUGCCUCAAAAUGUCCCCCUGCAGAUCAUCUCAUACUUGUCUCAGGAGAGUGAGUUUCUGCCAUGGCACGCUGCUAGUCGAGCUCUUUACCAGCUGGACAAACUUCUGGACCGCACCGAAGACCACAAUCUGUUUAGUGACUAUGUGCUAAAACAGGUGGCACCAAAGUAUCACAAGAUGGGCUGGCCAUCCACUUCCUCUGAUGGCUCCUUCAAGCAGGUUGCUUAUCAGACCGAAGAGCUGCAGAAAGAGGUGAUCAUGCUGGCCUGUAGUUUUGGGAACAAACACUGUCACCGCCAAGCUGUGUCUCUUAUUUCAGACUGGAUUUCCAGCAACAAGAACAGGAUUCCACCCAACAUGCGGGACAUUGUGUACUGCACAGGCGUGUCUCUCAUGGAUGAGGAUGUGUGGGAGUUUAUCUGGAUGAAGUUCCACUCCUCCACUGUUAUCUCUGAGAAGAAGGUUCUUCUGGAGGCCUUGACCUGCAGUGACAACAUCUUCCUGCUCAACAGGCUCCUAAAUCUUUCCCUGACCUCUGACCUGGUCCCAGAUCAAGACGUGAUUGAUGUGAUCAUACAUGUGGCCCGCAAUCCGAUCGGAAGACAUUUAGCUUGGAGAUAUUUCAGAAAGAAGUGGGACAUAUUGAAUUCCAGGUAUGGUGAAGCCUUAUUUAUGAACUCCAAAUUAAUCAGCGGUGUGACUGAGUUUCUCAACACUGAGGCCGAGUUGAAUGAGCUGAAAGGGUUUAUCCUCACCACUGGAGGAGGGGGGACACCUGCGUUCACUCGAGCCGUUGAGAUUGUUCAAGCUAAUGUAAAAUGGCACAUGCUGUACGAGCAACAGUUCUACCAAUGGCUGCGGAAAGCUCCUGACGGUUAACGCAACGCCAAGCAUGGAAAAAUAUAUUAGCAUGGAAGCUCUUUCAGACAUUUAGAGGCCAAUGACUUGAGGAGACUUAAGUGAUAAUAAAAUAGGCCUAUACAUUUUUUGGAUCAUGACAAUCUGCAAAAUCAAGUUUUAUUUCCCUGCUAUUUAUGAAAUGAGCAGGCACUGACCAAGACCAAGAUGAAGGGAACGAUUAAGAAAGAAGCUGCAUUAAAGAACUCAACAUUGAAAAUUGCAUGGUGGUGUCCAUAUGUACUGACAGAUGAUUUUAUUUCCGUUGUCCCCUUGUAUUUUGCAUGAAACUCAUUUCCUUUGUCCAAUCGUCUUGUUUGCUGAAAUUGGAUCUUUUUCUGAGUCCAAGGAGCUCCGAUUAUCUUUGGAGACCAGACUGCAGUGCAAGGAGAUUGCUCUUCGGUGAAUAUACACAAUUUAGUCAAAGCACAAAGAUCGUCGAAUGUGACAAUCAGUGUUUUGAUUGGACGAAAGGAAAAAAGAGGACAAAGCAAGUGAAGAGGGGAAAUAUCCAUAUAGCCUUUCUCUCUCUAAAGCCAUAAAGAGGAGCAGACUGCAUUUUAUCUCUUGUACAGGUGAUGUUUGAUAUUGUUUGAUCUGUUUUAACCCUUUCAGCUGAAGUGUGUAAUUUUAUUUAGAUUUUGAAAUGCAGCUUAAAAUGUGGAGACACUUUUCGGGCCAAUCAAAAUAUUGCUGUGUUUGAUUGAGCAUCCCAACCUGCCUGACACAGCAACAUUUGCUCAAUCAAUGGUGUGAGUUUGGUGCGAGACUAUCUUUCUGUCUGACCGAUGGAAGAUGGGGAUAGUUUAUAGUGAAAGCCAUUUGAAAACAGUGAUUAUUUUGGUAACUCCGAUUGGUGACUCAAAUUGCACACUUCACCUUUACGAUGACACUUACUGAUCACAGAGGAGGGAAUCUUUAGUAAACAUUCGGAUUGCUUACUGCAGGUUUUGGAAGGAGUGGUGAUAGUUUAACUGACAAGUGUCCCUUAUCAUUUGCAUUCUCACAAUGUUACUCUUGGCUCUCCAGUUUUUGGAGGGUGUGUCCUUGAAUCUGUGGUGUGUUUGUUUGAGUGGAAAAAAUUAUCCGAGUCAAGAUUUGUAUGUAUAAUUCAUUGAUUCGCUGAAGGGAGGUCAAUGCAAUCAAUGCAAUGCUGAUAUACGUCAUCUUUAUUAAUCAAGUACACUGUUGGGUUAUGUAUGACUGGUUGUAAUGGAGAUGAUUACACAGUGUCCUAACCAGACGUGACAAUAUUUAUACACUAAAAUGAUAAAAAAAAAAAAAGACAAUAAAAUGAGAAA